GGUCCUUAAUUCUAAUCUGCCUCUUGCCGAUAAGGGUUCUGAACAGACGUCCUGCUUCAAAUUCUUCAGCGGAAUGUUAGGCCCUGAGCUGACAGGAUCUCAAUUUAUUUUCCACCCAAGAGAUUCCUGAGGUCUACCUCCUUCUGGCCCCUGCCUUGGUUUACCACACUUUCCUGGUGGCGGCCAAGCCAUGACCCUGAGCUUCAAAGUUACAUCCCCACUGGAAUAUUCCUCACAGGUCUGCCACCCUGGAGGGAAACGCGAGUAAAAUCUAUGAUUGCCACUUCCUGGUCUGAACUCCUCGCGUAUACUUGUGUAUGAAGCCACGAUGGAAGAUGUCAAUUUCCGGUUCUUAAGCCCACCUCAAUCGAAUCAGUGAAAACUUGGGCAGGGAUGAGCUGGAGGCAAUGAAGUUCCUUUGCCGAGAUCUGUUGGACAGUAACCAGCUCAACAGGGUUGAUUCUGGACGAAAACUCUUCAUCGCUCUUAUGGAGAAGGGCCUUCUCGUUGAAAAUGACCCCUUCACCGUGGCAGAGCUACUGUAUCGGACCAGACAAUUCAGGCUCCUGAAGAAGAUGAAGUACAACAAAGACAAGGUCUGCAGGCAGCUGAAAGAACCAGGAAAGGCCAAGAUCUCAUCAUACAGACAGCUUUUGUUUGAGGUUUCGGAGGAUAUUACGAUGAAUGAUUUGGAAACUGUGAAAUUUUUUUUACUGGAGAGCAUCAAAGUGAGUUUAACAAUGCUGGAUGUCCUCACUGAAAUGGAGAAGAUGGACUUACUGGAAGAAAAUAAUGCACAGCUUCUGGAGGACAUUUGCAAGGAACUUGGGAAGAAUUUGGUGAAGAAGUUGACCAUUACAGGAGGGAAGACUCUGGGCAGGUACAAAAUGGAGGUCAACCAGGGGGCAAUGCUAUCAUAUUUUACAGCAGCAACUUCAAAGCAAUGCCAGAACACCAAAGAACGCUAGCAGAUGCAGAGUGGCUCAUCAGUGUCUUCAGUUGCCAUUGGUUUGAGGUGACUAUUCAAGAACAUCUCAGCUGCAGAGAUGAGCAACACAACGAAUCAUUACCGGGAAAUGGAUCACAGGCUGUACG